AGGUGCUGUCACGCGCCCCGAGCAAACCACUACCCCAUAGUCGUCGCCACACCCGUUUCUACGCUUGACCGAGUCUCCCUGCGCCGCGCAGCAUCACCUUCGCCAUGCGACCCCGUCGGCGUUCGAGAUAGCACAGAAGCUCGAGACCAUGUCCGCGCCGCGCAGUGAUGGCCACCCUUCGACGUCCUCGGAGCCCUCGGUGACAUCGUCACACACGCUGCAUUCACGGACCUCGGCGACGUAUGUGGAUAAUGGCGAGGGCUCAUCGCAGCGGCUGAGCGAAGAUUCGAUCGACGUACAUGACUUUGCCCAUCGCAAGCCGCGAGCUCGGCGGUCUGGGGGAUUCCUUUUGGAUUCGGACUUUGGUGGUGGACCUCGAACCCGGGGUGUUCAGCCUCAUGCGUAUAUAGAGGACAAGAAAGGCACACGUAGCUCGCGGCAUGUCUCAAACAUGCUGCGAGACAAUCACAGAGAGAGACGGGACGCCACUAGUGGGGUAUCUCGCGUGGAUUCGAACGACUCGCAAGAGCAGGAUCACGGCCCGCUUCGCGUCGAGAAGCUUAGGGGCGGUUUGCGCGUGAUGCCCUCGACGUCCCACGACAGGGCACCUUCGCCCAAUGCACCGCAACGGCAGGCAAUCGACCCGAACCAGCUCGUACAUAUGGCCUUGAACUUGAGCGAGAGCAGGAGGCGAAACCUCAGUUCCGGGCAGCUCCUGGCCUCGCAGUCCAGAGCCUUGUCGGGGGCUCCGCGAGAGGGCAGCUUUUCGAACAAUGGUGCUGGCGGCAGUCUGCGCCAGUAUCUCAACGAGCAGCGACGAGUCUCGCGCAACAUUUCUCCCAUGGGCGGCACUACCUCGUCCUCUCGCCACAUGUCCACGUCUAUACAACGAAGUGGAUCAAUGGCCUUUCCGGGCUCCCAGUCAUUCAACCCCUCGGCUGCGACGCUCGCUCGACGAGACAAAGCUCGUGCAUAUAUCGAGCUCCGAAUCGAGUAUUUACGGCUGCUGGAUUAUCUGCCACCACUCAAAUCAGACGCGAGCGCACCAGGCAAUUUCUUCGUCUCUUCCAACAGCGUCCCAGGAAGUCCUCAUGCCCAACUCACCCGCGUCCCGUCAUAUGCCAACAAACAGCAAGAACUUGGCCGACCUUACAAUCCUCUACAGUAUAUCCGCAAUCGAAGGUGCAGAGCCCGCGAACGGCGAAUGCUCGUUCAUGCUUCCGAAGAAUUUGGCGAUAUCGAUCAUGUUCGCGACUGGGUGGACCGUGUCGAGCAGCAAUCGGCACAUUUUGGCUAUCGACAAGCGGAUGGAGUAUCAUUGCCCAAGUUGCAUUCCAAUCACGAAACAGCAUUAAGCCCAAGCAAACCUUCCAAGGCACCCACGGGCUGGGUCUGCACUCCCGAAGAUCUACUUGCAGAUGCGCAUUGGCUCGAGCAAGGCGACAACAAGAUGGUUAUUGAGGAUCGCCAUGGUCGUAGCGUUUUCAGGGCAAAGGAAAUACAGAAGCAGGACCACCUCCAACCACGUCCCAGCAAAGACUACUCAGAGAAGCGGAGGAGAAGCUGGGUGGAUAUACCUGGCGCCACAACUGAUCCUACGACUGGCGAUGAGAGUGAAAGAGGCAGUGAACGUGGUCGUAAGCGCAGGCUUCUUCCUGCAAUUCGCACCGAUAGCUCGAGGAGGAGAUAUGGCAGAAGCCCAGGAUAUCACUCUGAUCACAAUUCCGACUCUUCAGACUCGGACACCGAUACUAGCAAGCGCAAGCCUUUUGGGAUCAUCGACGCUGAACACAACACUGGUCCACUUGCGUUACAGAUAAGGAACCUCUUAGAACAACAAGCCAAGGUGUCUUACACACAAUCACCGGCUGUGAUAACGCCCGAUACACCCAACAAGUGGGGAACAUACAAUUCCGAUGUGCAUAUCAGUAGAGCUUCGAAAGAGUCCCUGGAAGUUCCACGCUUCUCGAUCGAUUCUGCAAACCCGGAUGAUCACGGUACUUUCAAAAUACCACCCAUCCCCCGAAGACAAGGAACCUUUUCGAUCGACUCUUUAGAACCCCGAUCGUCUUUUGAAGACCUGGACAGCACUGCACCAAACACUCCGCUUCAUGCAAAGUUUUUCCCUCAUAUCGGAUCCGAUCUUUCGCCACCACCUAGUCGAGCAGGGUCUGAGCAUAAGAAAUCCAAGCGAAGCAAGCUCAACAUAUUCCAUUCGCAUGAGGCCGACCAGAACCGCAAGCACGAACACAAUCCCGAAACGCGCUCUUCUGGCUCAUACAAAAAGCAUAGCUCUCGGCAGCCCAGCGAAGAGCUUCAUGACGGAAGCGGUAUUGGAACGGCCAUCAUGGCUGCUCCAGGUGCUGUAAAGUCACUGCUCACCUCCCGCAAGAACGACAGUGUUAGUAGUCUGACCAGCCCUGUCAAAUUGAACCGUAAAGAUACUCUAGAGUUUCGGGAGCCCCACUCUGCUGUGACGAGGUUUCUCAAGGGCGUGAAGCAUGAAGGAUCGAAAGUCGGCGAGUUUAUCUUCAGAAAAGACCGGCAGGACGAUUCGGACGCAGAAACAGUCUCUGAGCGCAAUAGCGUUGAUUUAAGUACUGAUGUCUCUCUCAAUAGUACGCGGGCCGAUCGACCAGUAAUGCCUCGCAUGCUCACGUCGAAUACUGCGGGAAGCACGACUUCCAAGAAAAACGGGCGUUAUCAUCUCGAACUUCCCUCGUUCCGCCCUGCGCACGAGAUUCAGACUGACGAAGACACGUCAGACCUGGAGCAUCACAUCUCGCGCCAGGCCCGAGAACGGAAGAAGGAUCGGUCUCCUCGCUUUGAUCGACUCGCACCACCUCGGAUGGAUAUAGAAACUGCGUCAAUCGUCUCAACUGGAAGCAACGCUAGUCUGAGGCGUAAUAGUACUCAAGGUCACAUGAAAAAAGCGCUCACUCGCCCUGGGGGAGCUGGCCUAGCUCUUUCGCUAAGAGACUCGUACUCUUCGAAUCGGAAACGAAGCACCUCCAGGCCAACCCUUGACGGCCGGCGCCACUGGAGCAUUACUGACGACGAUUCGCACGUCCUCCGUCGUAAGACCGACGCCAAUGUAGUCACGCAAGCAGACAUCGUCCGUGUUCGCGCCUUGUUCCUCUGCUCCGGCGUCAAAGCAAAAGAGAUAUCCUUCCGCGCACACACGCCCAGCCCGAAGACACCCGCAUUCCUUACCCGCGCUGCAGCCACAGCGAAGCGGGACCUCGUCACCGUCCCCAAGGCUGAAGAACACGUUCUCGCCGCUCGCAUACUCCUGCAAGACCUCGAGGCCUCCACUGACACGCUUAGCAACUUCACAAAGACUUUCCGCGACGCUACCAUUAAAGACCUCACUAAUCUUGUCGCGGACUUGACAAGCCGUGUCGAAGUUGAUUUGAUGCCCCGCAUCCUCGACGGCGGCGACAGCGCUGUGCGCGUGGUAAGUGAGGUUUCGGGCCAGGGCCCGCUACAAGUCAAACAGAUCACGGACGAUAUCGAUCACAUGUUGCGGACAAGACGGCGCAGGAUGAAGUGGAUCAGGAGCUUUGGAUGGAUGAUGGAUUUCCAGACCGUGUUUGUUGCCAAAGGCAACAGUUCCAGUAAUGGCCAGUCGUCUACCAGCCCUUCAUCAUUUGGUGCGGUGGCAGCAGCUUUCAUACCAAGCGCCACUACUGCGAUGUUGUUUGUCGUGGCAUUCACUCUCGUCAGGCAUCGCUUUCCGAAGAUCUACUUCCCGAGAGCAUGCAUUGGGACCAUACCAGAGAAAGACCGUACGCCAUCCCAGAGUAGAUCGUACUGGGAUUGGGUGCACACAAUGAGAGUUGUGCCCGACAAGUUCAUGCUCUACCACCAGUCGCUCGAUUCGUACUUGUUCCUCCGUUUCCUGCGCACGUUGAUCUUCAUUUGCGUUGUUGGAUGCUGUAUCACCUGGCCCACGUUGUUGAUAGUCAACGCCAUGGGCGGAGGCUCGUCGUCAGAGCUGGACCGGAUUUCGAUUGGCAACAUUCAAAAGAGCAACCUUCUGUAUGCCCACGCGAUUGUGGCUUGGGUGUUUUUCAGUUUCGUCAUGUUUACCGUGGCACGGGAACGACUCUGGCUCAUUGGACUACGACAGACAUGGACUAUGUCGAAGAAGAACGCAAACAGACUGUCAUCACGCACUGUCCUCUUUCUCUCGGCACCGACAGCAACCCUUGACCAAAGCAACGUGCAACGAUUCUUUGGGGAAGAUGCUGUCAGAGUAUGGCCAGCGACGAAAUCUGACACGUUGACAUCUCUUGUGUCUGCGAGGAAUGCGAAAGUCGAAGAACUAGAAUCAGCAGAGAUGGCCCUUACUCGAAGCGUACUGGACAAUGGAAAAGGCAAAUUCGGUGCCCGGAAUGCAAAGUACGAUAAUCUUCCAGGAGAGUUGAAGAAAUCUUUACGCCCGACCCACAUAUUGAAGACGCCGCCUCCCGUGGGUAAAGAUGUGGGCAAAAAGGUUGACAGUAUUGAUCGAUUUCGAGAGCAGAUCCUGGAGAAGGAGACCGAGAUUGAGAAGGCGCGAGAGUCCAAUGAAACGUCAGAAAGCCGAGGGGGUUCAGCAGCAGUCUUCGUCGAAUUUCGUACCCAAUCCGCUGCUCAACGAGCUUACCAACAGGUCGCGUCAGCCGACAUCUUGUCUCUCACACCCCGAUACACUGGAAUCAAGCCCAGCGAAGUCAUCUGGGAGAACCUUUCCUUGGUACCAGCACGUCGCAUACCGCAAGACGGACUCGCGCUUACACUCGUUAUCGCCCUCAUAAUCUUCUGGUCUAUCCCGGUUUCAAUUGUGGGAGCGAUAUCGAACAUUGAAUAUCUUGCCCAAAACUUCAAGAUCCUGAGCUUCCUUAACAGCCUUCCGCCUUCGCUUAUGAGCCUCUUGUCCGGCUUGGUCCCACCGCUGCUGCUUAGUGCGCUCAGCAAGUAUGUGCCUAAUAUCUUCAGAUAUAUUUUCAUCAAAUUUGGAGAGCCCACCAAAACCACGGCUGAGCUCAAAGUACUGAAGUGGUAUUAUGUAUUCCAAGUAGUGCAGGUCUUCCUUGUUACUACGCUUUCCUCGGGAGCUGCAGCAGUCGCAUCCCAAAUCGCGAAAGACCCAACUCAAUUGCCCCAACUACUCGCGUCGCGUCUGCCCAAGGCAGCAAACUCAUACCUCACUUACUUCGUCGUCCAAGGAUUGACGAGUACAUCGGAUAACUUCCUCAACUACUCGGAUGUUCUCUCGUACAUCUUCUAUGACAAGUUCUUUGACAAAACUCCGCGACAAAAGUACAACAGUUACAUCACGUUGAGGGGCAUGGCAUGGGGCAAGCUAUUUCCCAAAUACGUAAACUUCGUCAUCAUCGCUAUCGCAUACUCAUGUAUUGCACCCCUCGUCCUCGGUUUCGCCGCAGUAGGUUUAUGCUUUUUCUACAUAAGCUACCGCUACAUGCUGCUCUUCACUGUGCAGCCAAAGACGGAUACGAAAGGACACUGCUACACGCUUGCUCUCCAACAGAUACUUACUGGCGUUUACAUCGCUGAGCUCGGCCUCAUUGGGCUCUUCGGUCUGCACGAGGCGACUGGACCUUCCAUUAUGCUAGUCAUUCUCCUCGUCCUGACGAUUGUCUUCACCUACUCGACUAAUCGCUACUUCGCGCCGCUUGAACAAUACCUCCCAGCCGACACGGCCCUGACUUCCGACGACGACGACGAACAAGCUCCGCUCCUCUCCGCUGCAGAAGAAGGCGAGGCCGAUGCUCUACGCAGCACAGAACACCAAAUCCAGAGAAUAAGCCGCCAGACUCGUGUCCCGACGCAUGUUGUCUCUCCAUUGGCGCGCUUCUUUGAGCCGCAUGUGUUUGCGAGCCAUACGGCGAUGAAGGCAUGGCUUCGCGACGGCGAUUUCGACGAGGAUGAUGUGCCUGAGUAUAGCGAGGAGGAGUUGAAGAAAGCCUACCUCAAUCCUGCGUAUACAAGCAAGACGCCAGUUGUUUGGCUAGCGAGAGAUGCGUUGGGUGUCAGUAAGAGUGAGAUUCGGGAGAACAACAACGCUGGGCUGGAGGCUAGUGAUCAGGGUGCAUGGAUCGAUGAAGAAGGCGAGUUGAAGUGGAGUGUGGAUGAUUUCGACGAGGUGCCGGUCUUCAAGAAGGGGGUCAGGUGGUAGAGGAUAGGUGGGAACAGUUGGACUGUAACACAUGUGUAAGCAAACAAUAGGUCUGGGGAAGGCGUUUGGAAGGUUCUUUUUGCGGCUCGCUGGG